AUGUUUUCGCCGGCAGGGAAGCGGUGUUUUACCAUUGAAUCUUUAGUGGCAAAGGAGAGUCCGUUAACAGCUGAGGACCCGAUCCGCCCUACAGCGCUCAGUUAUACAACCCCUACAGACAGCUUCCUGAACGGCUACCAAAGCCCCCCAGGCCGUGCGCUCUACCCCAACCCGGACCUUGUGUUUCCUGAGACUGUAAACCAUCCAUCUCUGAGUGUGCACCCGCAUCAGAUCGGCAGCACGCACCUUCAACACCCGCACUUCUUUGGCACGCAGCAUCGCGAACCGUUGAAUUUUUAUCCGUGGGUGCUACGUAACCGAUUUUUCGGCCACCGGUUUCAAGGGAACGACGUCUCACAGGACACACUGCUGUUGCACGGUCCGUUUGCGAGGAAGCCCAAACGAAUCCGCACAGCUUUUUCACCGUCUCAACUACUUCGUCUUGAACGAGCAUUCGAGAAGAACCAUUAUGUCGUAGGAGCCGAGCGGAAACAACUCGCCAAUAGCCUGAGCCUAUCCGAGACACAGGUGAAGGUGUGGUUCCAGAAUCGCAGAACCAAGUAUAAACGACAGAAGUUGGAAGAGGAGGGACCGGAGUGCACGCAGAAGAAGAAAGCAAACCAUCACAUUAACCGCUGGAGGAUUGCUACCAAACAGACAGGAUCUGAGGACAUAGACGUAACAUCUGACGCUUAA